AUGGAGACUCUCCCUCCUCCUUUCCCCUUGAAGUCCUCUUCACCAAAAACUAAAGUCUUCCUCGUGUUCUUUUCUAUGGUGUUAUGUACAGCGGCCCUAUUUAUUCUGCAGUUAAAGUUUUUCAAACCCAGGCUAAAAGACUUCUAUUCCUAUGAAGUGAAGGAUUCCAAGGGAAGACCGGUUGCUUUGAGCAAGUACAGAGGCAAAGCGUCUCUUGUUGUAAACGUGGCGAGCGGCUGCCAGCACACAGAUGCAAAUUACAGAGCUCUGCAGGAUCUGCACAGAGAGUAUGGGCCUUCCCACUUCACUGUCCUGGCUUUCCCCUGCAACCAGUUUGGAGAGUCAGAACCUGACUCAAACCGGGACAUAGAAGCUUUCGCUAAAGGGAAGUAUGGAUUGUCAUUCCCAAUAUUCAGCAAAAUCAAGAUCCUAGGGAGUGAAGCUGAACCUGCAUUCCGCUUCCUUGUGGAUUCCACAAAGAAAGAGCCACGAUGGAAUUUUUGGAAGUACCUGGUUAACCCUCAGGGCCAAGUAGUGAAAAUCUGGAGACCAGAGGAACAUUUUGACAGUAUAAAAGGCGAUGUGGCAGCACUGGUCAGGGAAAUUAUCAAGAAGAAAAGGGAAGACCUUUGA